CGUAUAAUAUUCCAUGUCUAGACUUAGGAGAAUCGCAAGAUUCAUCCUACACCGAGCUCAAUGCCCAUUCUGGCCGGGGCCUUUCACCAGCAGCUCUUGUGUUAGGUGUUUCUCGCAUUAUGUACUUUUUUGAUCUCUUCUUCGGUCGAACAAGGAGCUAGACGAAAAUCCCAACAAAAUUCAUAAGGGGUCGCUAUAAAGGCAGCAAGGAGCCAAGAGAAUUAUUUGCUGUUCGACGGCAUUUACAUACUCUCGGAAUAAACGGAAUGCCGUCACUUCUACGUGGUACCUUGCUAGGUAAUAGUACAAAUUAGAUAAGCCUUGAUAUAUGCAUAUUAUUUUUUAAACAGCAACCAUAAAGCGCUAGGAUUAUAUCAUCGAAUAAUCAACACGACGUUUUCACAUCGCGAAAAUGGGACUCGUCGACUACUCUGAUUCGGAAUCAGACUCCGAGCCUGUCACCCAGCUCCAGCCCCAGCCCGCGCCCGCACCGUCCUUAAAAGCAGCACCGGCACCAGCACCAGCGAGUGGUAAGCGGCCUUUCCAGAAAGUCGUCGACCGCGCGAAACCAGGCAAGAUCCUCGUCAACCUCCCCCAGAGCGCCUCUAAUCGCGACGAGAGUAAACCCGCCGAUGGAAGCGACGCGCCACCUGCAAAGCGCGCGAGGCUAGGAGGCGGAGGAGGCGGCACGUUCAGUGGCUUCAACUCGUUCCUACCACCCCCCAAAAACGUCGGAAAGAAGCCUGCCGUGGCAGGUAGUAGUAGUGGGAGCGCGAAACCAGCACCGAGACCUGGUGUGAAUCUGAAGACCGGUGCUGCGCCGGGUUUCAGCCGAGAGGCGAAUGAGGAUGGCGAGGGAGGCACAGACGAGACAGUCUCGAGAAGCGAAGAUUCAGAACCCCCGGCGAAGCAACCCUCGAUACCGGCGGAGCAGAAGCCAGCAGAGGAAGUCAAAUUAGUCGGCAAACCCCUGAUGUUCAGGCCAUUAUCAGUAUCCAGGAAGCCGAACAAGAAGGGCACUUUGGGCAAAUCUGCCACGAUACCAAAAGCCACCACUACAACGCCAAAAUCCGAAACAACUGCUCCCACAGCACCACCUCCCAAAGAAGCAAGCCCACCCCCGAAAAAGAGGGAGAAGAUAAGCCUCUUCUCCAUAUCGGACGAGCAAACAACACAAGGAAACGACAGCGUUGCAUCUCAAAACUACCCAUCAACCUACGAGCCCAUGUUCCAAACCUCCGAACCCACACCCGCCGACGAAUUCGCCGCCUACGACGCGCAACACGCCACCUCCUCCUCCAACCAGCCACCCCAAACAGCAUCCAGCACCACCUCUUCAGACCUAUCCCUCGACGCGCUCGCCACGUCCAUGAACCUGUCGGCGGCGGCGCGCCGCGAGCUCUUCGGGCGCGGCGGCUCGGCCUCCUCGAUCCCGGCGGCGAGCCGCGUCGUCAACUUCGACACGGACCGCGAGUACGCGCACAACGAGGCGCUGCGGGCCGCGGGCCAGCUGCAGCCCGCGUACAACCCCGUCCGCGCCAUCGCCGCCGCCGGCAAGCACAACCUGCGCCAGCUCGUCAGCCAGGCCCAGAACCAGCGCGAGGCCCUCGAGGAGAGCUUCGCUGCUGGCAAGGGGAAGAGGAGCGAGGCUGGUGCGCAGUAUGGGUGGCGAUGAUUUUUUUUUUUUUUCCGCUUUGGUUCCUCUAAUUGAGAGGAGUAAAGAAGGAAGGAAGGAAGGAAGGAAGGGCGGGUUACGUUAAAACCUGAAGAAAGCCAGAAAGCUGCGGAUUCUCGGUAGCGUCGAGCUUGGAGGAAACAUAAGUAUUUGCGACGCUUAAGGGUAAAAGGGGGGAUGAGUAGGUUCCGUUCAGC